UCGUAGGUAACCAUCCUCACAACACUGCCCUAUGGAGACGGGGCAACACACGUUUCUGUCGCGGUCACGAAUUUGGAGAUGUAAAUUUACCCCGGUCUUCCUGUUCCAAGUUUGUUCAAACUGAUCGCAGUUGGUUACACUGUUCAGUUUGAGGACUGUAUAUAUAUAAACUGGAUUGUGUUUUCAAGGUGUUUGCUGGAUGGUGUAUUCUGGCUCAGAGACUGUGAAGAAACUACAAGCUAGCAAGGGACAACCCUUGAUGAUGACAGCCUCACGGACCCCAGAGACCAGUCUUGAGGAGGAGUUCGUCUCCACCACCAGCCUACACGGCAUCGCCCGCGUGGCCAACAACACCACCCGUACGAUCUUCCGUCUGGCCUGGCUUCUCAUCAUGCUCGUCUUCCUGGGAGUCUGCGUUGCCCAGAUUACAGACCGUCUCCAGCGCUUCUUCAUGUACAAGGCCAACACGGCCAUUUCCGUGGAGUACGUGGGCGAUCUGGACUUUCCCGCCGUCACAAUAUGCAAUUUCAAUAGGUAUCGCAUGAGUGAGUUGACAGCGGCCGACUUGCGGACGUUGAAUUACAUCCUGGAUACCAACGAUUACGAUUACGACGAGUACGGUGAAUUGAGCAGCUUUUCCUCGUCGUGGGACAGCUACCCACUGGACGAUGACAACACCAGCGCGGCUUUCAACUACACUGAGUUCACCCUAAGGGCGGGUUUCGUCUUGGACGACGCAACCCUCUUGAGCUGCGAUUGGCGAGGAAAGAACAGUAGCUGCUCGGCCGCUAACUUCUCGCAUGUCUUCACUUCCUUCGGCAACUGUUGGACAUUCAACGGUGGGUCAGACGGCGAGCCGAUUCUGAAGGAGAUCCAGUCGGGAGCUGGUAACGGACUCAGGAUGAUGAUUGACAUACAACAGCACGAAUACUCGGAGUCUCUGUCGGGGAACAUAGAAGCCGGACUGAAAGUCCUGGUGCACGACCAGGGCACCCCGCCAAUGAUCGACUCGCAAGGCUUCGCCGUACAGCCGGGCGUACAUGCCUUCGUGGCAACACGGAAACAACAGUUUCUCAACCUCGAGCCCCCAUAUGGCAAGUGCGACGCCUCUAGAAAGCUGACCAGUUUCACAAAGUACACACUGGAAGGAUGCAACAUCGAGUGCAGGGCCCAAAGGAUCUUCGAGAUGUGCAACUGCAGGCUUGUAAGACAUCCUGGAACCGAAGUGGAGUGCACACCCAAACAGACAAAUAAUUGCGCCAAAGACGUCUUGAGUAAACUCAAGAGCGGGGAGCUCCCCGCCUGUGAGUGUCCGGUCCCCUGCAACUACACAAGCUACAUCACUAUCUUAUCUACAGCUGCUAUACCCAGCCAGCGCACAGCUCAGUUGCUGAUUGACCAGUACGAUGAACUCUCACAAUACACCACCAACUUGACGUCAGGCUCUGCAAGUAGCGUUAGCAGCGUGGGAGAAAGUCCACAGUUACUAGAUAGUACUUACAUGGAGAACAAUUGGAUUGUGCUGGAUGUGUUCUACGAGAAUAUUAAUUUUCAGCUUUACGAGCAGUCAGAAGCAAUUACAUCUUCGGCGUUGAUCAGCGACAUCGGCGGUCAGCUCGGGUUGUUUCUCGGAGCCAGUUUCAUCACUUUGACGGAGAUCCUGUCUUACUUGGGCCGGAAAUUGGGCAGAGUCCUGGCCCGGAUAGAGCCGAGGAAGACCGCCACUAGCCCCGUGUGCGAGAUGCCUGCAGUGCGUGAGAUGGAGACAGUCAAAACUGCUUAGAAUCAGGGACCUGGUGUUCCCUUUACGCCAAAAAUAUCAGAAAGGUGUGAUGAAGACGCCAACGUGAACCUUUUUGAUGGAUGCCAGCCAAACCGAGAUGAUGCGGCUAAAGUUUCUGUUUGUGGUGCAUUGUUGGGAAGUUUGUGCUACAUAAAGCUCUCUAUUCGUAUGCAAGCUGACCCACAAUGCAAUGCAACGUUAACGCCCCACUGUGGUGUGUUUCCAAUCUAUCCAUGAAAGAGUCUAGAGCAUGCAUGGAUUCAUCGUACAUGUUGCAACAGCUUACUGUUGAUUAGAGGGGGUAGUUUGUCCUUAUAUGUACAUUUGUAUAUACAUGUAGACUACGAUUCAUAAGACGAAGGCAGGUCCCGGAUGCCCAUGGUAUCUUCCGUGGUCGAGUCUUAGGCUUGACCGUCUGUCGUUGCGAGCAGCUCGUGAUAAAGCGGCCUGCUUUUGCGGCCAAUGUAGUUCAAUAUCUCAGCCAUAAAAUACGAAGCUGGCCCAAGGAAUAGGCACACAAGUGACUGGCCACCAAUAUCACCUGCGAAACAAACAUAGAAUUUGGAAAGGAAUAACGUCCAGGUACCAGACCGCACUUGUUUGUAGCGUUUGUAUAUAAACUAAUAACAAUCAGGAUCGAUUACAGCAGCAACCAAAGAAAAAAUAAAACAGAUAUUGAUGUUAUUUUA